CCGGCCCCCCCGAACUCCGGAAGCCCAGCUUUUCAUCUACACGGCGCCUUUGAAUCCGAGACGUACAGUACAAUCAACACCAGCGGCACAUCAUACGAUUAACCAUGUUCAAGACCAAACCGCUAGGCUCUCUCAAGAGCAUCCUCCCGCCAAUCCACCAGCCCCUCCCUCUCAACCAGCGCGAAUCCCAGAAGCUCCUCAAUGUGCUCAAAGCCUCAUUUCGAGCCCAUCUAGACAGAGAGCACGGAUGGACUCCCGAUACCAACCAGGUCGCGCCGGCCGCGCCGACAGUCACCUAUCUACCCUCCGCCUCUCCCGCCUCCUCCAAAGAUAUGCCAGCCCGUCCGACGGAUAAGCAUAUGCGCGCCAUUCUAGAGAAUCCCCUCUUCAACAACAAGGCCUUUGUGUCACGCUCUGUCGCCGCCCCUGCCCCGGCAGUUAGGAACAACCGCAACGAGAUCUUCCAGUUGGCCGUGUCCAAGGGCAUCAUGAACAUCCAGCGCGCGCUCGGCUUCCUCCUGGCCGUGCAGAACGACAUCCAACUCUCCGCCGCCGUCUCCGUCACCCAGAGCAUGAAGGAAUCCGGCGCCGGCCUGCUCGUCCUGCGCUGGCUGCGCUCAUCGGGCGAGGAGCGCUCGCUCAGCUUCCUCGGCAACCGCACCUUCACCCGUCUUCUGCUGCGCUACAUGGUAGCCGAAGGUGUGGAUGAGCUCGCCUGGUCCUGGUUCCAGCGGCUGUUGAACGAGCCCGCGCUCACCACGGGUAAUCCCGAGCGGGCCGCCUACCCCGCCGUCCUCCUGGACAGCCUCAUCAUGGCCAAGUCCCAGGCCAUCGAGCUGGACGAGGCAUACACGUCCAUGCUGCGCGGCAAGGAGGUUAUCGACAACACCUCGGCCUCCACCCAGCACCUCGUCCAGGCCUGGCGCAAACUUUGCUGGCAAACCACGGGGCAGUCGUACAAGCACCAGAUCCCGCCCGCUUCCUUGUUCGAGUCCUUCGUCGCCGUCCACGACAAGCUGCCCAAGCCCUUGCCCAUGUCGGUGGCGCAUCUGACGCUGUAUCAUCCUACGAAACCGUCGUCAAAACUGGCGCUGGAGUAUCUCAAGAAUGACCAUGUGUGGAAUGUCAAGCUGUCAAACUGCAAGUCGGACAAUCCCGAGUCAAGAUUCAUUACCAGCCUGGCGUCGUUGACGCUAGAUACGAUACAGAAUCUGAUGCAGACCGGAAGGUUUACGGAGGCGCAGAAGUUGAUGGAGCGGUUCAAGACGCAUUUGGCGCCGAUAGGGCCGCAUCUUGGGGCUAUUGCUUUUUGAUGAUUGCAUCUGUGGUGAUGCUUGUUUCUUUUCUGUUUGCUUCUCCCAUUUCACGUCCUUUUUCUUGAACGCAUAUUCUCCUUGCAUGAAAACCCACUACCCCGAGAUAUCAUGAGGGAAUGAUUGGUAAGUACCUGCCUAGCCACUUACGGUUUCCUUUCUUGUUUUUGUUUCUGGGCUAUCUCAUGGUUCUGUACAAAUGGGGCGUCUCUUUCUUUUCUUUUUUUCUUCUUUUCAUCUUUCAAAGCGUCAUGCAUUUCGACGGGUAGAUACCAACGCAAGCUUAUGAACAAAUAACAUAUUAUUAUCCCAUGG